GUCUGCUUCUCUGUUUCAUUAUCUAAACAGCGGAAUGUUAGUAAAACCAGUCGAUUGUUGGCAGAAUUUAUGAAAAGAGUUUGUUCAUCGUCUGUCAAACGUACCAAUGGAGAACACCAUGAAAUAUAUUGCUUUGAUUUUGGUGAUGACUGGAUUGUGUUGGUGUGAUAUCACUGGUAUAGAUACAGACAGAGUCAGUGCAGGAAAACAGGCAUAUGAGCUUAUGCAACAAAGAUCAGAGAUGCCACGAUAUGGAACGUGCUGGAAGAAUGCCAUGGUUACAAUUCAGACUGGUUGUAAGCGACUGACCGACGACAUACAGAGUAGACUAGCUCUAGCCUAUUUAAACUGCUUUCUGCAGGUCCAGGGACGUGACGUUUACGACUGCGACACAUCACAACCUGUUCACGAAUGUACCACUCACAUGAAGGAUGUAGACCGUGGAUCUUUCACGACAUUCUUCACACACACACAAAACAUCUGUUAUUUCCUGCAGGCUCAGGUUUGGCAUGAACAGACAGAGACGACCAUCGACCGCUUGUCUGUCAGUUCGUCCCACGUGGCGUCCAAGCUGGAGGAGUCGUAUGACUUACAGAAUAAGAUGAUGAAACAGCAGAACAAGAGCAUGAAGACCCAGGAACAGAUUCUCAACAACGCAGCCAAUCUGAGCGACAUCAUUUCGCAGUCAUCCAACAACAUCCACAGCAUGUUUGAAGACUUCAAGAAGACGACCCAGGAACAACGAAUGCUGAUAACAGAUGUCUUUGAUCGUAUUUCCAAACUCCAGCAUAUGGUUCUAGGGGAGUUUUCCGGUUUCUACUCUGUGAUAUAUUACACGUUGAGUAUUGUUGUGAGUUAUUUACUGACGUCGACGUCUCGGACCAGCAGUGCAAGGUUCUGGCUGUUUGGAAUCAUGACGGUGAAUAUGUUGGCCGAGCAAGUGCUGGUACCUUGGUAUCUUGGGAUUUUCAGAAAUGGAGACGCUGAAUUCGAAAGUGAUGAGAAAACCCUGUACACCCACCAGAGACUGUUCCGGAAACUUUCCGCACUGGCUGCUGUCCUCGUGUUGGCCGUCUGUGCCUACAGAUAUCAAGAUCUGGCAACCGUGAAUAACCAGCUCCUUGUGGAGAUCCGCAAACAGAACUCUGACCUUAAGAAACUGAUGCUUGGAUCCUCCAACCUGAACAGUAUUUUAAAUGGAAAAGCUGUAAUUUUGGGACCAGAGCAAGCUGUAGCUGACUCAACUAGCAUGGCCUCUUCUGAUUCUGCAGUCAGCAGUGGGGCGUCUGACUCUGAUGGGGAGGAAUCGGACCACACCUUCAUCAUUGAUAAGUGUCACAGCGAGUCUGAGACUGACAGCUGGUGCACGGAAACGCUGGACACGCCCACCAAGUCCAGCCUGAUGAGUGAGCUCCACGACCUGCGUCAAGCGACGCCGCUCCGAGAGAUGUCAAACCACGUGGAGUCGUGGAUCAGAACUGGAUAUUUGAACAAUCAAGCUUCAGGAUCAAGAGGCAAAGGAAGCAGAUGUACAACACCAGAUCAGUUUCAGAACACAAGUUCCGAAAGAAAACAAUAUUUCCUAAGACCGAGAAGACCUCUCCUUACAAGUCCGGAUGCCAAUCCAGCUUUACAGGUUGAAUCACCAAAAAGCUUCUCUCGUACGGUGCGACAGCUUGAACAGCUUGCUUACAAAAACAGCAUUUUGGCUCGUGCAAUGAUCAGAAGACAAAUUCUUGAUGACUUGUAGCCUGAAACCUCCAGCUGUUGUUGAUCUGUUUGUAACUAACUUAUUUCUACAUGAGAAUGUUUAUAGUAUUUAAUGAUACAGUACUUAUAUCACAUAAACCAGUACCCAUGUUAGAUGACAUAAUACAAGUGACAUCAUGGCAUAACAACAUUCAAACAUAACAUAACAAAACAACACAUCUGUGGGUAUAUGUAACAUUUACAGUGAUUGUGGUGUGUUCAACACUGUCGUUGUGUGCAACAUUUAGAUUGCCUUUACAGUGAUUGAAACAGACUGACUGUGGUAUGUUCCAAGUAUAUAACAUUUAUAAUGUGUUCAUCUUACUAUGAUUACAGUGAUCAAAACUGACAAUGUUGUCUUCAAAACUGUCUUACAAACAUAAACAUGUAACAUUUAGAUUGUGUUAGAACUAUUACCCAAGUUUACAGUUUGUGAAAUAUUUACACUGACUACAUGUAUAAUGAGUAAAAUUAUUGUUUAUGUAUCACAUCACCAUUCCAUACCAUCUGGUUUAGGAAAUAGGAUCUUUAUUAAAAUUAGGGAUGUAACGAAUACAUAUGGUGGUGAAUAUGAUACAUAUCACAAAUAUGAGGUAACGAAUACAAAUGUGUAUUCACAUCCAUGAAUACAAACGUGAAAAGGUUUUGUGGAAAGGAAGAAUAGUUUUUUGUUGUUGUUUUGUUUAAAGUAAAAACUGAUUAAUAAUCAUGGGUGUUUUUUGACAGAAGUGAAAUCAAGGUACACAUAUGGUACCAGUCUAAUGCAUUGAAUAAAAAAGGAUUGGUCUAUGUGCUUUGAUCCUGUCCUGGACAGAGGAGCCGACAGAGGCCAGCACCUGUGCCCAUGACAGGCGUGUGCUACAACAGCUUGCUCUGAAUGUGCAUGUAAAACCCUAUGACCUGACCUGACCUGACCUGUGCUUGAUCUACUACAAAGCUGGUUUGGACAUUAUCAAAACAAUCGAAUCGAUAUUGCGUUUUGGCUAGUGUGAAUUAGAAACAAAUUGUACAGUUAGCAUUACAUACAUGCAUGUGAAUAUGUAUUUGUGUAUUCGGUUCAGCUAAUGAUGAAUAUGGAUGCAACUACGAUACAGAUUGUUGUUUGGUGCACCGAAUAUUCAAGUAUAUCGUUACACCCCUAAUUAAAAUAUAUACAGUAGAAUUUCAUUGGCUGGAAUCCAGAAAACAACUACUAGUCCCGAAUGUUUGUUUAAGCAAACCCUUUUAUUCUACACUCCCGGAGGUUGCUGAACAGCUGACUCGAACUAACCGAUGGGUCAAACAAAUUCUGAUUCCCCUAUGGUAUUUGACCCAAGGUGAUUCUACUGUAUAUAAAGUACUGAAAUACCUUUUCAGAUAUUUCUUUGAUGAUUACAGGUAGAUUGAUCUCUGUAGUAUAUAAAUAAUCCAUUCGUUUAAAAUUACUUGCUAUUUUUAUUACUAAAAAUGUGAUAUGCUGUCACUUGUAUAACAGCAAAAAUGAAGUAGUGCUCUGGUUAAAGGGCAGAUAAUUCAAAAUGUUUGUUGUCAACCUAUAUUGAUAGUUACUAAGUGACUUCUUAAAAAUAGCACUCACAUAGCCCUCUCAUUAUUUUUCACAGAAUAUAUUCUUGAAAUCAAAAUUAUGUUGAAAUGAAUGUAAAAGUGAAUGGUGGUGUGCAACCUUUACUUUAAAUAUGUGUAAUACAUUAGUGCUAGUAUUAAUCAUUUAUAUUCAACUCAUGUAGUAAAUUGAUGAUGUAUAUUAUUUUUAUGCAAGUUUGAUCACCUUUUAUGAAACAUUUACUGGUAUUCGCAAGUAUAGCAAAACAUACGUUUAAUGUUAAGUGCCUUAAAGUUUGUAUUUUAUUUUAUAUAUUGUUUUAAAUUUUUUCUAAACAUCAUUUAGUUGUACUUAUAAAAAUCAUGUUGGUCACGUUUGAUGCUUUUAUACUGUUUUUUUAGGUUUUUUUUUUUUUUUUUAUUGUCCCCAGAAUAUAAAAUGGCAGUGUCAGGGUUGAGGUGCCCUGAGCUCACUGUCUCACAAUAUUUUUUAAAUUUCAUAUGGUAUACAGUUUUAUAUACAUACAUAUAAAUGGCAAAAUAUAUACACACGAAUAGAUAUAAUCCACAUACUUUAUGUAUAUUGUUACUGGCCUCGGUGGUGUCGUGGCAGGCCAUCGAUCUACAGGCUGAUAGGUACUGGGUUUGGAUCCCAGUCGAGGCAUGGAAUGUUUAAUCCAGAGACCGACUCCAAACCCCGAGUGAGU